CGACCCCUGACGUCACCCUGCAGGAUCGCAAACAUGGCGGAGCCCUCCCUCGGGAAUGCGAGCCCAGGAGGUUCAGCAGGUUCCGAUGACCAUGAUUUUGAUCCACCAGCUGACAUGCUAGUUCAUGACUUUGACGAUGAGCGCACCUUGGAAGAAGAAGAAAUGAUGGAGGCAGAAGAUGAGACCAAUGUCAAUGAGAUUGAGGAUCUUGCUCGGGAGGGUGAAAUGCCCAUCCAUGAGCUGCUGAGUCUCUACGGUUAUGGGAACAGCAGAUCACCAGCAGAGGAGGAGGAAGAGGAUGAGGAAGAACCUGAGGAAGAAGAGGAGGAGGAGGAGGAGGAGGAAGAGGAGGAGGACCUUGAUCAUGAUGAAAGCAGCAGAAGCACUGAAGAGCUGAAGAGAAAUGAGGGUGAGGAUUUUAAAAUCUCGCCGGGACAGGAGAGUGAAGCCCAGGCCACAUCUGAAGGUCGCACGCGCUCCGUCAGGUCGCUCGGCACGGUCGAACUUAUCCGUCCCCAGAAACUCAAGUACUUUGAAAGUCAUAACGAUGCAGAGGAGGAGUCGGACGAAGACGAGGACUACGUUCCGUCUGAAGACUGGAAGAAGGAGAUCAUGGUGGGGUCCAUGUAUCAGGCGGAGACGCCUGUCGGCCUGUGUAAAUAUAAAGACAACGAGAGAGUUUAUGAAAAUGACGACCAGUUGCUGUGGAACCCUGAACGUCUUCCUGAAGGGAAAGUUGUGGAGUUCUUGACGGAGGCGUCAAGGCGAACAGGAGACGAGAAGGGAGUGGAUGCAAUCCCUGAGGGAUCCCAUAUCAAGGACAAUGAGCAGGCAUUAUAUGAACUUGUGAAAUGUGACUUUGACACAGAAGAAGCGCUGAGGAGACUGAGGUUUAACGUUAAAGCUGCCAGAGAGGAGAUAUCUGUUUGGACUGAAGAGGAAUGUAGAAAUUUUGAACAAGGGCUAAAAGCUUAUGGAAAAGACUUUCAUUUAAUACAGGCCAACAAGGUGAGAACUAGGUCUGUAGGAGAAUGUGUGGCCUUUUAUUACAUGUGGAAGAAGUCUGAGCGUUAUGAUUUCUUUGCACAGCAAACCAGACUUGGAAAAAGAAAAUACAACCUUCACCCUGGUGUCACAGACUACAUGGACAGACUACUAGAUGAGACGGAGAGCGCGGCGUCCAGCAGGGCGGCGUCGCCGCCUCCCACCACCUCCAGCAGCAGUGCCAGCCACUCUGAGAGGGAGGACGGCAGCAGCCAGAACGGUGUAGCCAGCCACCCGGUGGAGCUCUCUCAGCUUCCUCCCACCAGCCUGCUCAAACCCGAGGGGCUUCAGCCCAACGGCCCGUCUCACCCAGAGGCAGAGCUGCCUCCCCCCGUCGCAGAGAGCAACUCCAACGGCUGCGAGCCGCCCAUCCUGCCCAGCCUGCCCAGCGCCCCCUCCCUGCCCUCCCUGCCCAGCUUGCCCAGCCUGCCCAGCCUGCCCAGCCUGCCCAGCCUCACCAGGAACGGUUCUCUGGAGGCCGUACUGGACCACAAGAACACGGCGGCGCCGGCCCUCGACAGGCCGGCCAAACGCUGCAGGACAGAGGCUGAAACUUUGGGCCCGGGUGAGGUGGAAACGCCCCGAACGCUGGAGAAAUGAAGGCUCCAGGGACCAGCGACUCCAGGAACCUGCCCCGGGGGGGCCAGGACCUUCACACCACGUUCCCACCAGCCGGGUGUUUAGUGGAUCUGAGACUCGGGUGUCUCUAGAGCAGACUGCAGCUCAGCGGGUGCUGACGGUCGGACCUGGAGCUGCAGCUCCGAGCUGCAGGAGGACGGGGAGCUGCUGCGCCGCCCCGUCCCUCCACCCCCGACACACGGCCGGGAACAAACACCCCAAAGCAACACGCGCAGAUUGUACCCCAACCAACAUCUAGUCCAUUCUGGUUUUUUGAAGACUGACAACAUUUUUGCCAAGAAUUUUGUUUUUUUUUUCUAUUUGUACUUUAAAGAAAAUAAAAUCACCUGUGAUAUUUUUUUACUUGAGAUAUUUAUAUUUUUUAACCAAAUAAAAUCUAAUGAUGGAUUCUUUCUGUUCAAGCCAUUCGUUUGCUCUUAAGGAUCUGAUGAAAUAGGACAUUUUUUAAAUGAUUUUAAAGUUUUGGAAAAGGAUGCAAAGUUGGCAGAGCCCAGGAGGAGGAGCCGGCUGGCGUCGUUGCACUUUUGAUUGUAUGUUCUUAUCUUUGAUAAGUGAGCCCAGCAGAGAAACGUUUCCACUCCCUCUGUGUGUGUUUAUGGUGAAUGAGCCGGGGGUUCGUUUGUGAAGAGCAGCUGACAUCAGUGAUGUCCUGUAUAAUAACUCAUCUAGAUCUCUGUAUUUUUGGAUUUUUUCAUAGUUGGUGCUUUGCUCAACACUUUCUUUUUACUAGACAGAAUGUGAUUUUUAUAAAGUUUGUAUACAUUUCUUAUCUUGAGCAGUUUGGAGUUUUUUUCCUUUCUUUUUUCCACGACUGUAUCUUAUGUGUAGGUGGAAACUGCGUAGUGCUUGAUUUGAUUCCUCCCGUUUCAGCAGCACUUCCAGCUCCAUGUGAAGCUCCGGCCGAGCAGCCGCCUGGUCGCUCGUACGGCUUUGCCUUUUGAUUUGAAAUAAUACAGAUGUUCAGGUUUAGUUUAACUGAAAGUUAAGUAGCAUUCCUCGUGAAAUGGUUUGGGAGCAGUGAAAUUCCCAGCGGUUGAGCAGAACUGGUCGUGGAACGCUGAUCCGGAGGACUUGUCUUGGUACAGAAGCUGUCCGGCUCCACGCUUUAAUCUUCUACUUUGUGCUCAGCUUUGGACUUACAUUCAGAAAUUAAAAUUAUUUGAUAAACGUCAAACCAUGUAUUUUAUUUUUUUUGGUUGAAAUCAUGCCAUAUGUAUAAAUGAUAAAUAAAAAUGAAUAUUCCAAGGAAUAUGAAUGGAAUAUUAAUAAAUGUACUAAUGAAUCUGA